AUGGGAACACGAACGCUCGAGGAGCUCAUGCCCGAGCUCGGGACUGCGUUCGCGGUGCAGGAGGCAUCGCUCUACCGCUGCGUCUCGGCCAUGUCGAGCUCGAUCGUUCGCGCCGAGGACGAGGCGCGCCAAAAGGUGAGCGCGAAUGAGAUCCAAGCACUGCGCCUUAAAGUCCGCGACACGAUGGACUACGUCAACGAGGCCAAGAAAACGAUGCAGAGCCUCGAGCGCUCCAUGGAGGCUCUCUCGGCUGAGAUCGAGAGCCUCAAGCGCGAGAACGUCGAGAAGGAUCGGGCGAUUGAAGCCCUCCAAGACGACCUUGAGGACGCGCGGAACUCGCACGAAGACCAACUUGUCGAGCUUGACAAAAAGUUUGAGUUCAUUUCCAAGGUCAAGAUGGAGCAGAAGGACGUCAUCAAACGCCUCGAGAAGCAGGAGAAGGCGUCUGUCGACAUGCGCUACGGUAUCACAAUGCUCUCCAAAUCCAUCAAUGACGAAGGCCACGACGAGAACGGCGGCAUCGCUCCUGUUUCGCUCGACUCCAAGCUCGAUGUCAUCGCGUCCGUGCUCAGCAAGCCGCAGCGCGGGACCCUCUCGAGUGACCCGCUACCGCGCAUUGCGCUGCCAACCCACGUGGAUACCAUUUUACGGACGGACCGUAGUAGCAUUCGCAGCAACAACGACGCCUCGCGACCAUCCAGUGCCGCCGAGAACGUGCUGCGACCCCUCGGCGGUGAUAUCUCGACGAGGGCAUCGACGCCAGGAUCCAACCGCUCCGGCGCAUCAAAGCUCCGCGCAGCGACCGUCUCAGGACAGUGUGCCGCCGACUGA